CACGGUACAGAUAUGACCAACGCACAGUGCGGCUACAGUCUACCGCCACCAUACCGUGCGAAUGAACAUAGCGGACUCAAGUCCGCCAAUCACGACGGAUACGGAUCAACGACGUCAACAUCUAUCACUUUUGCCCAAGUAGGCGGGAAGGAGACUUACCCUAGGCUCAAGACCUUCAUUUGGGUCGUAUUCGGAGGCUUCGCCAUAUACGUGCUACUCAUCAAAGGUCUCGAGGUGCACUCACUUGAUGAGCGUCAACGCUGGGACGACGAUCGACUGCAAUGGAGGAGAGAACAAAUGAAGUGGGAUGCUGCACAGCGUGAAUGGCAAAGAGAGCGUAAAGAGUACGAACGAUGGGCCGCGGAGCGACAACCGUUCUUUGGUGAUCCCGUUCCAGCAGAGAGAUGCUCAGCCUGGGACCGACGGGAAUACACUGCGAGACUUUGGAACACAGAGGCUCUCUCCGGAAAUGAAAGGAUUUCAUCGUGCUACAACCAUACCAUCAAUUUCCAAGGUCGCACCAUUACUCCGGAACGGUGUUAUGACUAUGGCAUUGUCGGAGGCGUACUUGCUUCUUGGGAGGCCCAAGGAGACGGUUGUCGGUGUGAAUUCGGCAAAUUCUUUGACAAAGGAUGCAUCGCCAGGGGUUCGAAGCAGCGGCGCUUUGAAUCCAGACUCUGGUACUGUCCCGCUGGCGAAGAUGCAAAGCACCUUUGCGAGACCGCGUCUCAAGUUGUUCAGGGUGUAUUCUACGAGAAACCCACAUUUUGCGAUGAUCGGGGCAAUAAGGGCAUGGUGGCUAACUGGGAGGUUCCUUGGGACUCCUGUUGAAUCAUCAAGAAACCGCACCAUGUCUUCAAACAAGCACCAAGCUCCUGAUCCGCAACAAUGCUUGUACCAUUGAACUCCUUCCGUCGUUCGUCCGCAAGUCCCUCAUGUCGUGUUUCCGAUCCGUCUUGAGAUGUCGUGUGCAUCGUUGUGUCCCAUGAAUCUGUACGAGUACUCGCUCAAUCCAUAAAUGUGUCAGGACUUCGG